UCUAGGAGGACACAGAAAGAGACCGGACGGACGGAGCAGAGCACACGCCUUCAUUUAGCACCCAUCCAUCAUAGAGGUAAAGAGGGGCCGGACAGUGAAUGGCUGGUCAUUAGAGAUGCCACCCCACUGACAUCCCUCAUCAUCGCUGGUCUUUCCGGGCCCUAUGUUGACAUGGCAACAGGAAGAAAAAGCUCGACAUCCAAGGGUGGAGGCGUGCGCUUUCCUGACGAUGCGGAGGAGGACCCUCUCAGCGAUAGCUGCAAUGACACACAGCAGGACAAGGUCAUCUCAGCCAUAGCGGAACCGGACGGAACGUACCUGGUUAAGGCGGGAUUUCUAAGAAUCCAGCACAAGUACGAGAUUGUCUUCACUAUCCCACAAGUCCCCACUCUGGGCAAAGAUGCCACCCUGUCCCCAGCCCUUCGGACCACGCCCAAGCCACGUCUACGUGCAACACGCAUCAUACCAUGCCCUGAAGGUGGGGUGAAAGUGGUGUGUGAGUACAGUGCGCAGCAGGAGGGAGUGGUGCAGGAGGAGCUCACUCUGGUUAACAGGAGCAGGAGGGACAGCAGCAUUCGGGUCAGAGUGCAGGCCAGAGUGAUGGACCGCCACCAUGGAACCCCGAUGUUGCUGGAGGGCGUGCGGUGCCUGGGGACAGAAAAAGAGACUGCCACGAAAACCAAUGACCGAAAGAAGAUCUGACCACAGUCGCUCCCUUCCUACAUAUCUUACCAGCAUGGACUGAGACGAGGAACUGAACACAGUGCAUGUGCCUCAGAUUGUGCUCAGAUCUCAGUUAUACCCAACUCCAAUCCUGGCGAUCCACAAAACAUGGCCUUUCGCUAAAUACCACCAAACGCCAUCAAAAGCUUGAUGUUUGAGAUGUUCCUGUUCACAGAGGGCCACAAUGAUGAAAUGCAAUUUAAUGGAUCGCUGGAGCUGGAGUUGGAAAGCAGUGUAGUUACUCAGUACCAAGAACAAGCAAUACCGUAGUCCCCUGGCCAAGGAUAACACAACUGUGGCAUGGUAAAGUCAACGUUUGCAAGACGCAUCCAAAAGAUCUCCUGGGAACUUCAAGUUCAGACAGUUGCUGGAAAAGUUAUGUAAAGUUUCAGGUAUACCACCUAAUCUGUCAAACCCUUCUGGGGAGGUCAUCUUUAGGUGGGAAUGUGUUUUCCUUGUACUAGGACUGCAAGUUCAUUUAGCUUUAACCUAAUUCACUGCGCUAUCGUGUAGGCUUCAUUUAGAGUUCACAUAAAAGCUAGUUAUAUACAGGGCACUACUGCAUUUCAAAGAACACAGAGAUACAUGGAGGCAAGCUUUUCGUUGAAUGCAUCUUCCCUUUUCACACCAUUUAUGAAUCCUCUAAUGUAAUGCACAACAUGACAGUUUCUCUUUUAAGCUCAUAAUAUUGAGUUUGUAAUGGACAAAAGACUCAUAUGUCAAUAACUACAGGUUUCUAAAUGUUUUUGCCAAAAGAAUGUGGUGUAAUAUACCAGCAAAGUAGAGAGGUGUAAUCAGGGACAGACCAUGGUCCUAUGAGGCCGUUGGGCACCAGAUGGACAAACGCACAAGCCCACUAUAUAAUGCUUUUGUAGUAUGGGCUGUUUCGGCCUAACUGCCAACAGAGCACAGUAUUAACUGUGCCUGCAGUCAUUGACUAAUAACAGAGAAAGUAACUCGAAUUAGCGACACAUACUUGAUUAGCACACAGUUUUGAUGGCUAGCUAGCUCCCCCUGUUUGCAGCAGUCUCAGGAUCAAAAUGGCUUCGCAAAAUGAGCCUUUCAUUAUAGAAAACCCUUCAGUGUUCAGGACAGAACUGAAGUGCUACAUGCAGUAAAUGUGGUGUUUAAAGAAAAGGAAAAGCAACAUGCAACAGUUGGCUAGCACAUAGUUUUGAUAGCAAGAAUGCUAGCUAGCGUGAGCUAGUUUAGCUGAAGUUGUCGGCUAAUAUAGCUGCAGUUACAGAUCACAUUCCUUUAAAACGUACUGAAACGUAGUCUGUAUUAGCUUUUACUCUCGCUAGCUAGUAUACUUGCUGUGCAAACCAGAGAGUGGCUGAGUUGUUUUGCCCCAAUCUUUUAAACCUCAGUUACUGCAUGUAGCGCGUCAGUUUUGCCUUUCAGAAUAUUUUUCUUUAUUGAAAGGUUUAUUAUCUGAAGCUGUGUUGAAUCUGACAGUAGGGAUUACUUUUGUACAAUGCAAUGCCUGUAGCAAACACAGAGACUAAACUAAAAGACUUAAGACUUGGACUAGUACCCCAGACACUUGGCUAGGGUUUGCAUGACUUGUGAACAUCCAUGGCUGAUAAUUCUGACAUUGUUCUAGCUUAUAAUUUAUAUAUUCAAAAUAGAUGUGAUCUGUCCCAGACGUUUUUUGUGUUAUUGCAGAGUUUAUGUUCAAUAAAGUAUAAGCCUAUAAUCACUUCUGUACACCAUACAUACUGACAGUCUGUCUGGUGAAAGAUCUCAUAUAUGUCUUGUUUCUGCUUGAAUUGUACAUUUUGUUGACUGUGGUUUGAAUGCACAGAUGAAUUAAACAGAAUGGUACCAAGAGGUG